UCCGCCCGAUUGAUUUUUGUUUCAGAACUGCGUUUCCUCUGCGUCCUAUCUGUGUGGUAUUUAUGACGCUGUCGUUUUUCUGAGCUUUGUCAAAUUUUAACAGAUCUUCUAAUCGUCAGACGAGUACAAGUUUAUUCGACUGUUACCACAUUCAGGCAUCAUGGAUCCUGAAUUGGUUGUCCAAACACUCAACUUCCAUGGGCAGCAAUUGACAAAACUUUGGGAAAAUGAACGGGGAGCUGCUUCCCUGCAAGUUGUGGCAUCAAAAGAUGUUGAUUACCAAGUUUAUCAAAAUCGAUCCAAAGAUCUAGGGUUUCAAGAACGUGGAAAAAGAAUAAGGUUGCAUCAGUUCAUUGUCGACAAAGCUCAUCAAUUGUACAAGGCAGAAAAGAAGUCAAAUGACACUGUCUGUUGUGGAUCAAAAUUGCAAGAUGAAGAUUUCUUCCCAUUGAUGCCACCUCUUGAGUCAUUUUGCCACUUUGACAAAACUGAAGCACGAACAAACUUUUUUCAUUCCAUCAAAGUUGGUGAUGUCCUAAUUGGCCAGGUCCAACAAAAGACUUUCCAUGGCGUGGUGUUUCGUGUAGUUGCUACCGAGGGUACUACGAUAUUACGAGACGUUCGGGAACUAGCUAUAAAGGGCUCUAUCCAUCCAGAUCAGUUUAAUGCACCUUUAGACCGCAAAGAAAAUGCGUUUAACACUGGAGACCUGAUCCGCUGUGAAGUGUUAGACAUUAAUGCUGAUAGUGAGAAACUUAAUUGUGGGAUGAAAGGAUUGCAUCAAUCAAUUGAACGGUCUGAUUUGCAGCUUGGUGUCAUUACUAAGGAGGAGUUGCCAAAAUCUUACAAAGCCAUGGUUGAUCUCACUGGAAAAUCAUACGAGGAAUGCCUUCAGAGUAACCGGACCUUCCGUAAUCCUAGUGCGAUUGAACACUUGUCCAACUCGCUUGGAUUAAAUCUUUCGUCCGCUGCUUCAGAUUCAUUCUUAAAAGGAUUGAAUGCUCCAAUCGAAGGAAGUGAUUAUGCUGAUGAACUUCGUAGGAGUCAAAAUAGCAAAUGGGCUACUAAAAGCGUGGCUGAAGGCAUCAAAUACUUCAAAGCUGGACUAGAAACUGAGGCGUUUCAGUGUCUGAACAAAGCUCUACACAUCGAUGCAGUCAAUAUCGAGGGAUUGGUGGCACGAGGCGCUCUGUACGCUAAUAGAGGGAGCUAUGACAAAGCUAUAACUGAUUUCGAAGCAGCACUAAGUGAACGUCCCAAUCAUGCGAACGCAACUAACUAUCUAUCGGAGACGCUUGUCGCAUACGCCAAACAAUAUGAGGAUGAAAAGAAUCUAGAUACGGCAGUUCAACUUUACCAGAAAUGCCUGAGUAUCAAUCCUAAUCAUACCGAAGCUCGUUCAUCCCUUCAACGUUUGUCGAAGAAUCGCCAGCGGCCUAAUUUCAAUAUUGAUUUUCUGGAUAUGGAAAACGGGUCUGCCGUUAAAGGAACCACGGGUAAGGCUACGGAAGAAACUGGGAAAAACGAAGAAGGGCGCAAAUCUCGUCGACAUCGUAAACGAGGAAAGCGUGGAAGCAGCAGUAGUAGCUCAAAAAGUGGGAGUUCUUCCUCCAGCCGCUUUUCUUCAUCUGGUUCAGAUUCAUCUCGUGGUCGUUCACGAUCUAAGAAAUCUCGCCGUUCGAAAAAGUCGAAACGCGAGCCUUCACUUUCGCCCUUCAGUAAGAAAAUGGCUCAGUUGAACCCGUCGAACAGUGCCACCUCCGCUGGUGAUGCUGGGCAGGCAGCACCGACAAAUCAAGCAUCCACGUUUUACCCAUCAACAGAAUACCCCUCGAUUUCAACUCAGCCACAUCCUGUACCGCCCCCUGCUUUUGGUUCUCUCGGUGGAAAUCCGCCUCCGCCGGCGUUUGCCGGGUAUGCUUCUUCCGGUGGCGCGCCUGGUCAAACUGUUGGCUAUGAAAAGGAAGUUCAAAGUUUCAUCCAGCGAACAGCUUUCAAUGAAGAGUAUGAGAAAAAAGUAGAGUUGUUUUUGCAGCGCGUGGGUAAAGGGGGUAAAGAUGGAGAUAAGAAAGAGGAAAAAGAGAAAGACAAAAAGAAAAAGAAGAAGAAAGAUCGUAGCAAAGACAAGAAAAAAAAGGAUGGUAAACGUGAUAAAAAUAAGGAGAAAAAGCACAAGAAGAAAAAGAAGGGUUCUGAAGAUGAAGAUUCUGAUAAACAACUUUCCCCCAAUCUGUCUGGAUUGGAUGAACUUGGUGAACUAGAGGCCAAACUUAGUGCUGUUUAUAAUAAGCUAACAGCUAAGGAGACCUCAAAGAAGAAGAAGAAACGCAAGAGGCAUUCCUCUAAUUCUAGCGAUUCCUCCACAUCUUCGGGCAGUUCGUCGGAUUCUGAACUGGAGAGGAAGAAACGAAAGGCUAAGAAAGCGCUUGAGGAUCUUGCGGCAGCUGCCGGCCUAUUACGUGGAAAUGAUUCGAAAUUGAAUUUGAAACCGGAGCCCGUUCCACCUCCGUCUUACGUGCCAACGCCAGGAGCCGCAGGUAUGUCUGCACAAGCUGGAGGUAACUCCGCUGAUGAUGAUGACUAUCCUGGAAAAUGGAGGCCAAUGGCCCUGAAAGUGAAACUGGGACGUGGAGAUGAUGAACCCGAAGUUGAAGAAAGUCGAAUGGUAUACAUGAAGGAAGAAAAAAGGGCUCCUCUGCCCCAACUAGCACCCGUUGAACAGGAAGAGGAACUUCCGCCAGGUGACUUCAGGGAGGACAAAGUUUCUUUCAAAAUUCAGUCUUUCGGAUUGUUUGGUCCUGGGCCUCGUCAAGCUGCACCAAAGCCGGUUAGUCCACCAAAAACCAAUGAGCAAACUCAGUCAGAGGUUAAUCAAGACAAAGAUCGUGGAGGGAGUCGGUCUCGUUCUCGUUCUCAGCGGCGUCGCUCUCGUAGUCAGUCCCGAAGCCGCAGUCGUGGAAGGUCAGGUUCGCGAUCUGGAUCACGUUCUCGAUCCCGUUCUGGAUCAUACCGCCGAAGACGAUCGCGAUCCCAUUCUGGCGAUAGACGCCACCAGAAUCAGCGUUAUCGUGGGGGAAAUCGCCAUCCGAACCAAAAUUAUCAUCAUCGAGGUGGGCGCUAUCCACAACGCGGUGGUGGCUUCCAGAACCGUGGUCGGGGAUGGAAUAACAACUAUAACAACAACCGUGGAGGAUAUAACAAUCGUCCCUACAAUAACCGACCGUAUCACAACAACAAUCAAGGCGGAUAUGAUAAUCGUCGCCAUCGAGGCCGCAAUAGGGGCGGUUAUUGGCAACAGCAAAUGCAACGAUCCUAUUCACGUAGCCGAAGUCGCAGCCGAUCCCGAUCUCGCAGCCGCUCACGCAGCUACAGUCGAAGUGUUAGUCGAACCCCAUCCCGUAGCCGAUCUCGCAGCCGCCAGGACAACUAUCGUGGCAGAGAACGGGAUACUAGGGAUGGUAGGGAUGGGAGUCCUCACGGUCGCAAUGAUCAGGAACAGCAUCGGAAUGAUCGGCAAAGUAGAGAAAGAGAUAUGCAGCAACGAAGUCCAGUUCGUGAUGAGAAACCUGGUCCUGUUCCUGCCCCCUCGGUCGCGCUAGCUGCAUCCACCCAAUCUGAACGUCGCAAAGUUGGAAGUAAAUGGGAUGAUGGUGGUGGCGGUGACGACGAUGAAGACCUAGUACCGCCUGGCUGCGAAUAAUUGCUGUUUACAUUUGCAGCGUAUGAUGCUGAAAGUCCGACGAGCACAUGGAAUUCCCUCACUACUUUUUCUCAUAUUUUAACAAUCCGCCCUUCCCUUUACAAGUUCAACAUGAUCAAUUCUGCCUAGCAGUUUUCAACCUAAAAUUUUUAUUAUCAAACCAAGCUGAUUUUUUGCCACGUCAGUCGUUCCAUUGUGUUCCUCUGAUCGUUUGUCCCUCAAGACUCCUUUGCGUGUCAAAUGUGUAAGCCGGUUAAUUUCCAUGUUAAUCAUUUUGCUUAUGUACGUUUGGGAUGCAUAUUACACGAGGAACGCAA